CCACCACCCACCACGAACCGGCCGGUGCUCCCUCGCCCACAAGUAGCUACUGGCCUACUAGUUAGCUGCUCAUUAACUGGGUCCUCAUAUACUCAAUUUCCUUCCUUGUUAAUUUCGGCCGUGGAAGUGAAUUGCUGAAUUUUGUUAUUACUUCCCCCUCCUCAGUGACCACAAUCAUCCAUUGUUCUCAGAAAUCUCUCUCGCGCUCUCUGUCUCUCUCCCGCCCCCCGCUAACGCAAAAAUGGCGACGCAAGCUUUGCUCUCGUCAUCUCUAACUUCUUCAGUGGACACCGCCAGACAGCAAAUUUUAGGGGGAAUAAGGCCACUGCUCCAUUCUCCUUCUUCCCCUUCAUCACGGAGGUCGUCAUCCCUUGUAGUCAGGGCUGCUUCUACUCCUCCCAUUAAGCAAGGAGCAGACAGACCUCUCUGGUUUGCAUCCAAGCAAAGCCUUUCCUACUUAGACGGCAGCCUACCAGGGGACUACGGGUUCGAUCCGCUGGGCCUGUCCGACCCGGAAGGCACAGGAGGAUUCAUCGAGCCCAAGUGGUUGGCCUACGGCGAGGUCAUCAACGGCCGUUACGCUAUGUUGGGGGCCGUCGGCGCCAUAGCGCCGGAGAUACUCGGGAAGCUGGGCCUCAUCCCGGCAGAAACGGCCCUUCCAUGGUUCAAGACCGGGGUGAUUCCGCCGGCGGGGACCUACAACUACUGGGCGGACCCGUACACGCUGUUCGUGUUCGAGUUGGCGCUGAUGGGUUUUGCGGAGCACAGGAGAUUCCAGGACUGGGUGAACCCGGGGUGCUUGGGGAAGCAGUAUUUCCUGGGGCUGGAGAAGUACUUGGGCGGGUCGGGAAACCCGGUGUACCCGGGUGGGCCGCUGUUCAACCCGCUGGGGUUCGGAAAGGAUGAGAAGUCGAUGAAGGAGUUGAAGUUGAAGGAGGUGAAGAAUGGGAGGCUGGCGAUGUUGGCAAUAUUGGGGUACUUUGUGCAGGGACUGGUCACCGGAGUUGGCCCUUACCAAAACCUUUUGGAUCAUUUGGCUGACCCCGUCAACAACAACGUCUUGACCAGUCUCAAAUUCCAUUAGACCUCUCUCUCUCUCUCUCUCUCUCUCUCUCUCUCUCUCUCUCUCUCUCUCUCUCUCUCUCUCUCUCUGUUGUGGAAUUAUGGAACAAUUGUUCUCUAUGUAUGAUGUCCGUGGAUUCUGUACCUUAAUCUGUUUAAUCUACAUGAUACCAGUCCAUAACUA